AUGCAAGAGCCAGCCAAACCAUGCGUUGUGAGUCGCCAAAGAUCUCUUUUCGAGAAUCAGAAAGAGGAGCCGCCUAAAGAGCCUCUGGUGAGGCGUCCCAGCACAGAAAGGACAGGCUUGGUGAAACAGCAGAUCCAGGCGGCAGAGGUGAAGCCCGUACCCCCGCCCUCUCCACCCAAGCUAUCGUUCGGAAGACAGAACAGCCAAACAGGCACCAUUCCAUCACCACAGGCGUCAACAGGUCCAAAGAAGUACUACGGUCAACCGAACCGUAGUCCAGCUCCUUACGUGCCACCUGUUGAGCCACAAAAACCCAACACCGCAUCAUCUAACAAUGCCUUUUGGGGACGCAACCAGAAACCUUCGCCGGAACCGGUGCCAGAACCACCCAAAUUCCAACUCAAGAGAGACAACAGUGGUCACAAGGACUUUCAGGACAAGUUCAGAUCUCCUGAGCCCACACCUGUUGUUCCCGAACCGCCAAAGAACCGAUAUGGUGGUACGCCUGGUAUAGUUAGCAGGGCUAAGGAAGGUCUCACGACAUCCAACAGUUUUUCUCGAAAUGAUCAGAAGUCGCCGUUGGGUCAAGAGCUCAGAAAAUCAGCUAGUGGAGUCAAAGAGCUGCAUUGGGAUCAGCUCAUGCAGACCAUGCGUAGACCCCUACGCAUCAAUGACCUUGACUUCACUGAUCUGGGUGACGAUGAUGAUGUCAGCAUCUUGAUGAGGCCUGUGAACGCCGCCCCAUUCCCUGGAGCUCCGCCCCCACCUCCCAUGCCUGGGGGAGCUCCGCCGCCUCCUCCACCACCGGGUAUGGGUGGACCGCCUCCACCACCGCCACCUCCCGGAAUGGGAGGUCCUCCUCCACCACCCAGCUUUGGAGGACCGCCUCCUCCACCUGGAAUGGGUUUGAACAGAGGUCCAAAUCCACCGCCAUGGGUCAGGAAAAACGCGCCACCUCCAGAACAAAAUGGUCCGAAAUUCAACAAGAAAGUAAAGACUGUUAAACUAUUUUGGAAGGAGGUGAAGGAGGAGCCGAUGCUGAUGGAACGCAGCGGCAAAAAGAGGACCAUUUGGGAUGAGCUCAAGCCGAUCAACCUGGAUACGCAACGAAUCGAAAAUCUCUUCGAGAGCAAAGCCAAAGACGUUUUAAGCAAGAAAGUGCAGGAUGGUAGCAAGAAAAGCGAGUUAAUAGUAUUGGACACGAAACGAUCGAACGCUAUCAACAUUGGCAUGACGAAACUACCUCCCAAGGGGGCCAUCAAGGCAGCCAUCCUGAAGAUGGACACCACCAUCAUGAACAGGGAAGGCAUCGAGAAAAUCCUUACGACAAUGCUGCCGACAGAAGAAGAAAAAACGAAAAUAACCCAGGCCCAACUGGACAACCCCGACAUUCCUUUGGGGUCGGCGGAACAGUUUCUGCUGACACUAGCUUCCAUCAGCGAGCUGGAAGCCAGACUGAAGCUCUGGGCUUUCAGAUUAGACUACGAAACCAUGGAAAAAGAAGUGGCUGAACCGCUGAUGGACCUGAAGCAAGCCAUCGUCGAGGUGGAGACAAGCCAGACAUUCCGGGCCGUCCUCUCCACCCUCUUGACUGUCGGGAACUUCCUAAAUAAUUCCACAGCGAAGGGCUUCAGCUUGGAGUACCUGAGCAAAGUGCCCGAGGUGAAGGACACGGUCCACAAGCACUCCCUCCUGCACCACAUCUGCACUAUCGUCAUGGAAAAAUUCGUGGAGUCGACGAACCUCUACUCCGAGUUCGGGGCCGUCACCAGAGCCUCGAAGGUCGAUUUCGACGAAGUUGCCAAGAACUUGGUUAAGAUGGAAACUGAAUGCAAAGCUUCGUGGGAAUAUUUGAAGGCAGUAACGAAACAUGAUGGCAUACCCAUCAACAAAUCCAGGCUGUCUGACUUCUUGGAUGAUUGCGCACAAAGAAUUAUCGUUCUUGGUAUCAUUCACAGGAGAGUCGUCAACAGGUUUCUGAAACUGCUGGUGUUCCUGGGAUUCCCGUCGCACCAGAUCCGAGAGGCGAAAGUGCACAAUGUGUGCAAAGUGAUCAGCGAGUUCGCCCUGGAGUACAGGACGUGCAGAGAGCGGGUACAGCAGCAGAUAGAAAAAGCAGCCGCCCUCAAGGAGAGGAACAAGGCCAGGGCUAAGAUGGUGGCAGAGAGCGAAAGACUUCGCCAGCCGUCGCAAGAGCAAAGGAAAGAUCAACAACUACGGCAAAUUUUGGGUGAAUCAGACGCCGAAGACUCCAAAAUGACUAAGUGGGGUUCGAUGGUGAACCUCAGGGGGCGGCCCAAAAAUGCUCCAGUUCCCGGCAACUUGAGUCGUCCGAACUCUGUGAUGAUGUUGGAACGAUGCGGGGGUUACCAGGGCGGGUAUUCCACCCCCUGCGAGAGCGCGACGGACAUCGACGAGGAGAUCCUCGACAGCCUGGUGAAGAACGUGAUGAGUCAACCAAACAGGACGGAGCCCAGAAACAGAAAGAAAGCUAGAUACGCUGAUAGGAAAUCUCUAAGAAGAACUCUGAAAGGUGGUCUCGAUAUCGGUGACGGCAUCGGUACGUGAAAGAAAUACUUUCGAAGCGAAAGUGGCAGCUUUUGGUGAAGAGGUUUACGCCCGGUAUAUCCUUUCCCAAGAACAAAUGAUAACCCAAAAUCAUUUUGUUUUGAAGAUAUUUUAUACUGUUAUGUUUCUGAGCCGUACACGAUCCUCAAAGUUCCUGAAAUAUGUGCGAAAAGUUUGAAUUUUGUGGUAUACGUGCAUGAAGUUCCGCUCUAUUCUAUAAAAGCACACUCUAGAUUGGAAUGUCGUGCCUCAAAGUGUUUCAGACUUUUCACGUCACAGUUAUGAGAGACAAAAAAAAAUUAAAAAUUGCGUGAAAUAUUCAUCGAUUACACAAUGAUAUAAAUAACAUCAAGAUGUUUUUUUUUCUUACAUUGAUAAGAUAUUCUCAUUCUGAUAUAAAUAGCCAGUGCAAACGUACCACUAUUAACUUAAGCAUUUGAUCCAAGGAACAAGCUAGAGUGUUUGCUUUAUUCAAUAGUUUGAACCAAAACAAGAUUGUCUUGAAAAUGAGUUCAAGACAGCAGCACGUGAUGAUAAUACAAUAGAAUUGGUAAGAAAAAUUCAUUAAAUCGAUAUUAGUUUAUCACAAUGGUUGGUAGCUUUCAGCCAAAUUUGUCUUAGUUUGCUUGGAGGCGGAAUAUGUAACGGCACUUUGCUCAAACAAAGACCUCGUUUAUAUGUAUCUCAUUGGCUCAGAUGGGAUGCUUGAACUGAGCACUGCAUUUGUGACAUCUAUGAAGGAUUGGAUUUGCAUUUUAUAUCAGAAACAUCUGUCUCCAAUGUUGUUUUAAAAGGUUCUGAGGCCUGACAUACCAUGGACGAAGUGUAACUCAACCAGGUGAGGAGGAUGUGCUUAAAUCAAGACUUGAUUUGCAUUGGAGCUCAUGGGAGUUGAACGCGUGUGCUCCUUUAGAAUUUUAUGUAUUUUUUUACAAAUUAGAUGGAAUUGAUUUUUAAUAAUUAAAUUAGACGGAACCGGAUCAUUUACUUACGAAAAUAAGUCCUGAAGACUGUAAUUGGGUUUCUGCACGUUUUAGUGAGGAAUUAGACCAUGAUCUCAGUAUCAAAUCUCAACAGUAAUGAAGUUUGUAAAAUCUAUACAUAUUUGAAAGAAAUUUCCAGAUUUCACUAUGAUUAAUUUCGGAACUGCAAGAAAAAUGGGCACUAAUUCAAAUUAAAAUUGUUUCAAAGAAUUUUUUAAAUGUCAAUCUAACAAAGAAAUAACUGGUUGGAAGUCCUUUGACUUUGAAGAUAGACAACGUUUAGGACUCAUUUUUUAGGAGUACGAUAUAAUUCCAAAAAAAAAAAAAAACUAUAAUCAAACAAAAAAAAUCAGCCUUUUUUUAAGCUCCUUGUUGCAAAUUCCUUUUUCAUCUCAAGACGAUUGGUAAAACAAGCAUUUUUAAAGCACUAUUUAACUUCAGCUGUACCACAUUUUUGUUUGUGAAUACUGAAAACGUUUAUACCAUUAGUAGUAAUUCAGCUGAUAAUGAAUCAAAAUCACCCUUCAUGCUAACUAAUUUAUAAUGAAAAUUGAUUAUUUAUUUUCUUUAAUGAGAACAUCUUAAAUGCAAAACAUGAUUUUCUUAAGAGAAAAAGGAGAAAGCUAGUCAAAUUUCGAAUCCAAUAAUUCUAGUCUAGAUAUGUUCUGAACAUGUUUUCUUGUAUAUAAGAGAUGUUGUUGUUUUAAUAAAGAUUUUUGAAAUUAUGA